GAAAGGGGAGAAGAAGAGAAACAAAGAUAGAGAGGAGUAGAGAAAGAAAGAGAGAGAAAGAAGAUAUCUUAUUUUUAGCAGCACCGCUUUGCACAUCGCAAAAACCGGUUUCACAGAGUCCACGGAGUCCACGGAGUACGAAGGAAACCGAUAGCUUUCGUGAAGGGUGUUUGAGGGAAGAAGAAAUACAUAUGCGAAUAACAAAGACACACAUGUACCUUCGUCCCUGUCGCAGAGAAAUAGUGGGAAAAGAAAGAAACAGAUAAAUAUAUGCUUAUCAGGUGCUUUCAGGUACAAAUUCCCUUUGGGCACAUUCCUUAAAAUACUCGAUAUUUACUCGAAAAUAUAUGAUAAAUCUAGGAAAACAAAGCUAAUUCAAAAAUAGCUAAAACAAAAGUUAAAGCAUAAAAACCUUGAUGAAAAAAAUUUAUUGUGAUAUCUGAUUCAAGGUUUUGCGAAGUACGUGUAUGUUGGUGUGAAAAUAAAGAGGAAGACACGAGGAAACAAUGACACGAAAGGUGGAAUUUGCUUAACUCGAUACGCGCACAAUUCUCUUGCACCCCGCCGCAGUCCGCACCUUGCUCGCCAUCGAGCCCCCCCUCUCCCCCCGACCGCCGCCAGGUAUAACCACCUCUGCCGUUCCUUGUCGUUCUGAGGUACCGGCUUAUCGAUUGCGUGCGUGCGUACGCGACAACGCGGACGACACGAGAUUCGACUAUCGACCCUGUCGACGACGACGACGACGACGACGACGACAACGACAACGCAUCUUGUAAUUUCGGGAUUAAAAAAGCUACCUGACACCAGUUGGUAUUGUUGUCAGAAUCGCCGAGUUUUCGGUCAAUCGUUGGAAGAUAGGUCCGCGAAAAGUUUCAAGAACAUGCUUUUCGAUUAAGGGAUCGAAAGUUGUAUCAGUUCGAGCAGUCUUUUAAGAAAUAACCGAUAAAGACAAGUAAAGACAAAAUUGAUUAUCAAUAAUAUCAAUAUAACGAAAUUUGGAUUACUAACAUUUAUCCAAAAUAUACAUACAUAUAUCGUACUCUAGUCUGUAAUUUUUAAUGAAAAUUGAAACAAAACGGAACUCGGCGAAAGAGAGAGAAAAAAAAACUAUUUUAAUCCUCAACGGUGAACAACAAUGAACAUAACGAUGAGCAUUAAGUGGGAAAAUUGGUACCCGCCGGGAAUAUUGAAUCAUCCCGAUGCUCGGGGUGCUUAAUUUCUGAUCACGUUAUAUAGUAUAGUAUAUCGAUAAUAUCAGCACAUUGAUGAAAUUAAAACCAUCUGUAAUAAAUUGAUAUAUCUUCGAGAGCUAAGAAUCGAUUUCCAAAUUACUCAUUGGUUUACGCGCAAUCUCUACGCGCAUAAAUCGCGUUUCAUCACGUUAUCGUACAUAUAUUGUUGAUGAAAAUACCGAAGACAUCGAGACGUAAACGUGCAUGAUCGAUCCGAUCGAUCCACAUCCGCGACAAGAACUUGGUCGAGAACUUUCGUCGCAGAUUCGAUUGAUCGUCAUCGACAUUUGAUGUAAAGCCGAGAGAACGUUCGCGAAGAAUACGAACGGCAUGAAGAAUGGCAACCAAUUCUUCGAGCACUCGUCAGGGCGUGAGGGCGGUCGCCACGACGACUACCGAUCCGCAGCGGAGCGAGAAGCGUGCCGUCGCGGCGCGGGGUGCCGCCGGCGCUCUGGCCCUGAGCGUCGUGGCUUUGGUCGUACAAUCGGCGGCCACCGCGACUCCCACCUGGGGAUACUUCACCAAUCCUAACGCUGGCACUGCCGCGGAGAAGGGUUACUUCGGACCAUGGAGACAAUGUAAACUCCUUCUUUAUGGACGUGAGUGGUGCGGCCAAAGCGUCUCCAGGUUCCAACCAGUGUUGGCUGUGUGGGUAGCGGGAUUAGCCGCCGCUGCCGCGUCUGUUCUUUUGGCGAUUGUGGUCGCUUUGGCUGUGCUUCAAUUAGCGAUGGCCUCCUCCGCGAAACGGGUUGUAAUUUCGUACAGUACUGCCCUAAUAGGCAAAGUUGCCCUCGCUACAUUGGCAACGGCAUUGUCGAUUGUGGCGGCCAGCCUUUUUGCUCUGCAAACGGAUGAUCGAGCCAAUAGCUUUGUCAUCACAAGAGGAGAAGCUUUUUACAUGCAGUUAGUUGCUAUCGCCUUGAACUUUGGCGUACUGGUCUCUGCUGUUUACGAGGGUAUUUACGCUCGAAGAGGUGGCGACCCAACCAAGAUUAGGGUCGUCACGGAUCCCCGUGGAGCCACUAUAAAUAAUCCAGGAUAUCGGGAAUAUCACCAACCCACGAACGGUGGUACGAUCUCGAUGACAGACGCCAGCGGCAAGCCGUACGUCGGCGGGGCCGGAAACGGAUCGACGGCAUCGGUAGCGACUUCCGGUAGCGUGGCUAGUACAGCUUCGCCCCUUAGGAGCUCCCUGAAGAAGCCGAAACCCCUUGGCAUUCAUAAUCCUGGCUUCUCGGCACACAGCCCGACCUUAUCGAGGAACGGCUCGCAGAAGAAAGUGCGAAUACAGACGCAUUCCACGGAAGUUUAGCCAACGCGACGUGACGCGCGACGCUCCUUUGACACGUUGUCAUCGUGAGAGUUUGCUACGUGAUUACAACACCGUCGUCGUCGUCAUUUCAGGCUGUUGCGAUCGACAAGAAAUCGAAUGGCGAUGACAAGACGUCUACUCGAAGUAGUUUCACGUGCAUUAACGGUAGGUUCCAUUAACGGUAGGUGGUCUCCAAUAUUACUAUCGUUCAUCCGGCGAAAGCGCGAUCAAAGAUCAAGUCCGUAUCGAACGAUCUUUGCUGUUUCACCACAGCCGAUGAAGCAUGAAAGUUUUUCGUCGAUGACGUCAUCCGUGAUUUCGAUAAUGAGACUUUUAAAUGAGCUCCAAAAGCGCGAACUUUGUCUGUAAGUCGUUCGCGAGCGUGGCAUAUUGUUACGAUAACAGAAUGUAAAUAAAUUUAUGUUACGAGAUCGAUAAUCGCCGGAACUCUCUGAAGCUACCUGAGUUAAAUAUCAAACAAAUUCAGAUCAAAUGCGCGAUUAUAAUGGUGACUUGUUAUAAGUAUUAGGAUUUUUCCAAUUUUUCUACAAUAUAUUUAUACGACAUACAUUCGUAAAUGGACUAAUAGAAUGCAAAUAAACUAUAAAAAGUAUUGACGGGAGAGUAUAGGAUGGACUAAAAAAUAGAAAAAUAUAUUAUACAUAUGUUGAAGAAAACAAAAAAAAAUUACGAUUGUUAUAAAUAUGAUGAGUCGUUCUGAACGCAACAUUUAAAAUAUAAAGAAAGUUAAGAAAGCAUUACAUAACGUAAAAUAGUAUGCGCGCGCACGUGUGUGUGUGUGGUGUAUGUGUAUGUGUGUUUGUGUGUGUAAGUGAUAAACAUUCUAAUUUAAUACCAUGCGCGUAAUUUUAUAAAUUUUACGAAGUGUCGAAUAAUAAAAUUUGCAGGACAUAUUGCACAGGAUAUCAGAGUAUCAAUUGCAUAAUCCCAUAAAUAAAUACUUGAGAUUAAAUUAAUAAAGUCGACAUUAAUUCAAAUGUUGAUAAAUGUCUGAAAUAUCUGUCAUUACAAGUCACUCGUAUAAAUUUAUAGUAACCAAGCAAAAAUCGAUUUCAAUACUAAAGUACAUUACGAUAGAAAUAUAAAUUUUACAAAAUAAAAAUAGGGAAAAAAUAUUCUUCUAGCAAAAAUUAAUUUAUUUUAUUGCUGAUUUAUGAAACAAAGACUGUAUUCCAUAUCUUAAUGCUCUAUAUUAAUCCAUCUUACUCUUUUGCCUUACUAAGUAAUUUUACAUGCCAAAAAACAAAACUUAUAACGAGCUGUUGAUAAUAAUUUUUAAAAAUUAUUACUUUUUUGUGAAAGUUUAUGCACAAAAAAUAAUACAGAAUUUGUCACGUAUUGUAUAAUCACGAGUCUGUUCUCUAUUUUCCAUUUUUUUUUUACAUCGAGAGAUUUGUUAACCAUGUAUCAAGAGUCUUUAAAUGGAAUUAAAUUUCCAAUUAUUUUAUUAUGAAAACAUACAUUAUUUUGCUUGUGAUAAAACAUGAUUAUUUUAGUUACGUUGCUGAAGAAGUAUUUUUGAUUACGUAAUCGACAAAAAUUUUUAAUGCAAUAAAUGACCUUUGCUAUCAUCAUUUAGCGCGACUUUUAAUAUGUCAGAGUUUAAACAUUGUCAACAUUAAAAUGGAUAAAUUAAGUUGAAAGUUUUAUAGUAAGGGAUCUCUAUAUUUGUUACAUAUACACAUACUUAAAAUCGGAGUAAUAGUUACAACUACUUUUUAAUGUCACCGUACUCUGGGUACCAUACAUCUAACUAAAAUUCGAAUAUUAAUAACGAUAAUGCAUUAAAAUAUUUCUAUACUUUUGAAAGCUUAAAGGAUAGAGUGAAAAAAAUUGUUAAGAAAUAUGUGUGUGUGUGUGUGUGUGUAUAUGUGUGUGUAAUAUAUAUAAAUUUUUACGUAAGUAAGACAUACUGCACGGCAAUGAACCGUUACCGAAUUUUAUAAUUGACUCAUUAAAGAUUUUUUUGAUCUAAUAUAUAAAUAUUAAUGGUAUAAU